AUAAUAAUGUAUAUCGUAUAAAAUAUGUGUAUGACGACGAUGUCAAACGGUCGAUUAGAAACGAUAAAUUGCACGGUAGUGAGUCACGUCCACCGCGUAUGCGUCCGGUUUCGAUAAAACUGUUCAAUUAUUAUAAUAAAUUGUCAUAAAUUAUCUUUACUUGUUAUUAUUUUCUGUGUGUGUUGAUUUUUCGCUAUCCCAUUUUUAUCAUCGGUACGCGAUAGCUGCGUCCGCCUUCGUUGUGCACCCAGAGGAUUUGGACGGCCAAGGUCGUGUUUCCAAUGGGAUUUUCGCGUGACAUUUUGGUGUCAAAUUUACGAUGACUGUGGCACAAUGGAUAUUUCCGACACUAAGGUUAGGGUUCUCUAUGAUUUUGAGUACAAGACUAGAGAAAACAAGCGUGUAUCAAUCAAAGAAGGCGAGAAACUACUUUUGUUGAAAAAAACUAAUGAUGAUUGGUGGCAAGUUAUACGCAGUUCAGGUCAGCCAUUUUAUGUUCCAGCUACCUUUGUUAAAGAAAUUCCACGAGCGCCUAGUAGGCCUAGUUUAUCCAAAGGCGAGGAGAAAAUUAAAGUAGAAAAACCACAAGUGCUUAAACGUACUAUUUUUGAAAAACCUUUAACUCCGUCCUACGAAAACAUUCCUUUAGAAAACACGACCGUUUUAUCUGUCAAUGACUUAGUUGUUGAUGACGUGGUUAGUGAUAUUAAACGAGUUGAUAUUCAAAAUGAGAAUAAUAUAUUGUCACCAGUGUUAAACCGAAAAAAUAAAACUGUUGUAACAGUUAACCAAGAAAAUUCUGGCUAUUGCCAGGUUAAUGUUAAAAAAUGUGAUAUUAAAGAGCAACUUUCACUACAAUUAUCCAGCUCUUUAGAAGAACUUGCUCAAGAAAUUGAGCUAAAAUCGUUACCUUUGAACAAAAAUACAUUAAAUUACGAGUCUUCUAAAGUACAGAACUUACUAGAAAACAUUCGUAAACCUGCUGUAAUAUCUAUUCAAAAUUUGAAAGUUAAUGAAAAAUCUGACAUAAGUAACAAUGGACAAAUUCCUAAAAAUAAACUUUGUUAUACUGGUAGUUUUAAAACAAAACAUGAACGUGAUAAAUGGGCUAAAAACAUAAUGACUAAUGAAAAUAUUAUUGAAGAAAGCAAACCAGAUGAUGAAGAAUCAAUUAUGAUUAGUGAUUCUGUUUUAUCAAAAUCAAUAUCUACACCUGAUGCACAUAGUACUAGUGCAGAUCUCACAGGUGGAUCAACAGAUAGUCUAUUAGAUGGUGAUUCAUUGGGUAUUACUGAUAGUGAUCAAGAUUCAUUGAGAAUGCAUGGAUCUAGAAAACGAACAUCUUUAGCCAGAAAUCGUAGAGUGGAUUCUUAUUCUAAAAGAUAUCCAAUUCGAAAUUCUUCACCGACAAUAUUAGAUGUUACUCUAGGCCAUGGUGAAGCAUUUGAACGUACCUGGUCUUCGCCUAAACACCGUAUAGUUGAUGAAGACAAGAUUAGUCGACAUAGUAGUGCUGGAACAAUUAAUUCAGGUAGUCAAAGUCAAAGUUCAUCUCCAUUAGCUGAAUUGGAUGAAGAAUAUGAACCUAAUGAUAAUACUCCACCAUUAAAAACAAAAAUUAAACCUAUUAGUGAGACACCUGUAGGAUGGAUAAUGCAAGCUGAUCCAGCCUCUGGAUUACCAUGUUUUGUAAAUCAGUCAACUGGAGCAAAGUGGCUCUCAUCAAAAGAUUUUAAAGGUCGUUCUUAUUACUAUGAAGAAAAUAGUAAAGAAUCUUCUUGGACAUUGCCUGAAACAAGUAAUAACAAUGCAUCUAAUGUUAGCCCAUCAUCUCUUAAGUUAGAUUUAGAAGAUUCUUCUUCAUCAUUGAAAUCAAACAAAAAUAAUAAUGAAAAAAACGAUUCUUCGGACAUAAAGAGCCCAUCCUUGUCUACAGUAAAUGUUCCUAAAAAUUGGCCCCAAUUAUGGGAUGGGCAUAUGUGUGUAUUGAAAGAGGGCCCUUUAAAUCGAACAAAAAUUACUGAAAAUGGAAAGAGACUUCGAAAAAAUUGGACAAUUUCACAUGUAAUACUUACUGAAUUGUUUUUACUUUUCUUCAAAGACGCAAAAUCUUUUGUAGCAAUGAAAAAUGGUAGUGGACGACCAGAACUUUGUGUAGAUUUGAAUGGCGCUCUUGUGUAUCCUGCUGAUAAGGUAUCUAGUCGUAAAAACGUUUACGUUAUCAGUACUGUUUUAGGAACUCAGGUAUUAUUCCAAAAUGAAUGUAACAUCCAAGCCCAGUCAUGGCUUUAUGCAAUACAAGCAGUUAUUUCAAAUCUACCAUGUAACUUUGAUAGAUGUCCUCGCUUUUCAAAUACACGUACUAAUGAAAUACUUGAUACUGAAAAAAAACACAAACUGAAUAGGAACAAAUCCCUUAAAUUAAAAUCAAAAGAUGGAGGGAGUAUGGAAGAUUUGACAUCCAAUGUAGAACGUCAGACAAAAAUUAAAAACCGUCUACGGAAAUUUUUUCACCGAAGACCUACAAUGGAAUCAUUAGUUAAAAAAGGAAUUUGGAAAGAUGAGAAUGCAUUCGGAUGUUUCUUAGAACAUGUAGUUGGUACAGACCAACCACGCAUUCCAGCUUUUGUUCAGCGUUGUGUGGCAGCUAUUGAGAUCAGUGAAGAUAAUUUAAAGACCGAUGGCUUAUACCGUGCUUCAGGCAAUUUAUCUCAGGUGCAAAAGAUAAGAUUACAAGUUGACCAAAAUAAUCUUUCGGUGAUUGACCAAGAAGAGGACGUUCAUGUUCUAACUGGUGCUCUCAAGUUAUUUUUUAGAGAACUUAAAGAACCUCUUAUACCCUAUCAUGCUUUCCGCAAAGCUAUUUCAGCAGGCACAAGUCAUAGUCGUAAAGACAAGUUAUCACAUUUUCGUGACAUCACAAAAUCGUUACCUGAACCCAACUAUGACACACUAAAAUUUUUACUGAUACACUUAUUAAAAGUAACAAGUUACAAAGAAUUCAAUCGGAUGCACAUUCCAAAUUUAGCUAUUGUUUUUGGACCAACUCUGAUGUGGCCAGAAACUGAAUCAACAAAUAUGGCAAUUGACCUAAUGCAACAGAAUAUGGUGAUAGAAGCACUUUUAGUCGACUUCGAUAAUAUAUUUAAAUAAAAACGUUCAGUAAAAUAUUAUAUCUGUUUAAUACCGUUAAAAGCGUAACAUUCCACAAUGUUUCCAUAUAUUAUUUUAUUCAAGGAAUUAUUUAAUAUAAUAUAUCGCUGAAAUCAUAAGACAAUAUUUAAGACUGAUACGUUUUGACAUGUAUUGCAGGAAAUGUUGGAUAUUAAUAUGUUUAUUUUUCUAUGGAAACGAUACAAUUAUGUUAACCAGUUUUAUUUUACUUUUAAUAAGUAGGGCUACUAUUUAUAUUUAUGUAUGGUAGGAGUUAUAUAAAUGUAUAUUUUUACUGCUACCGAGUACCUAUAAGGCUAUAAAUUGUGUAAUUUUAUAGUAUUUUUUUGUUUUAUGAUUUCUGUGUUGUAUUUUGUGAUGAUUAACAAAAUACUUUCAAAUGUUAUCCUAUUAGUUGUUUUUUUUU